UGCAGCAAUUUCAAGAGACUUAAUGUUAAAAGCUAAAUAGAAUUUAAAAAAGUCAUGUUGAUUGAUAUUUAUAUUUAAUGAUUUUUACAGCAAAUUUGUAAAAGUUUUUUUUAAUAUCUUUUACACAUUUGUGUAAAAACACAAACAUGAGCUUCAAACAAACUUUGCAACCGCCUGGUGAGCGAGCAUUGAAAGCAUGGUCUCUAAUCAGGAAAGCCAUUAAAUUGAAAAUAAAAAUUCCAAAAUAUCAAAAUACUUACCGACUUGAGUCUUUUAAUCCUUUUCAAUGCGAGGUUGUCGACAAAAUCUUGAGGGAAGUAAUGCAAAAUUAUUUAAGUGGUUUGAAAUAUCAUCCUCAAGUUUGUUUAAAUACUUGUCAGAAGAUAUCGAAUGAAGUACGCGAUAAAAUUUGCAGGAAGAAUUAUGAUCGAUACAAGAUUGUAGUUAUCAUUUCGAUUGUUCAGAAGUUAGGCCAAAAUGUUCAGAUCAAUUUUGGCAAAUUAUGGGACAUUCACAGAGACACGUACUCAACCCAUGUGAUCGAGACUCAAGACUUAGCCGCGAUGGGCCUGGUCGUAGGAAUUUAUUACGAAUAAAAACGUUUUGAGAAGAUCGAAAAUUUUGCGAAUACCGAAAUUUCUACGACACUCUAAUGUUUUGAAGUUAAAUAAAAAUA